AUGGAAGGUGAGGAAUUACUUGUGAGAAUUGCCCAUGGACCCAACAGUCAACGAGUUUUGGAAAUGAGCAGCAAACAAGGGGAUGAUAUCCAGGGCGGCGGAGGCAGUGGCGGCGGCAGGAGCCGGGCCGUGGCGACGCCAAGUCUGCGGGGCCUCUUGGCACGUCUGAGCAAUGCGAAGCAACCCGUGCUGAAGCCCAACAAGCCCCUGAUGCUGGCCAGCCGGGUCGGGAUGAGGCACCGCGAGCUCGGGGAGGCAACCCGUGUAACAGAGAUGUCCCUGAUGAUGGCGUGCUGGAAGCAGAAUGAAUUUAGCGACACAGUUUGUGCCAAGGAAAUCAAAGACUUCUUUGACUGUGCUUCAAAGGCCAAGGCAGAGUGGAAGCAGAAAGCAAAACACGAGUUGCUGGGCCUCUCUGGGAAUUUGACUCCCAAGCAAACAAAUAAGUUGUUGGGGAGGUUUCCUAAUAUAUCCUACAUCAUCUGA